ACGCAAUGACAGUUAGCAGCAUGUGUGGACGCAUUCCCUAUUCUCUGUGCAGGAGCAUGGCCGCAAGAGUGAAUCACCCUGCCGUCGUCCAGCGAACAACCACAGACACGCCAUCGAACUUUAAAACCCCAAACGAGCGUCUACUGGAGCGACUGCGAGAGCAGAACCGGUUGAACCGCCACCACUGUCGAGGGUUGCACACCCACCUCGCUAUGCAGCAUGGCGAGUAUGAGUGGCAGGACCCAAGGUCUCCGGAUGAAAUUGUGAAUGUGGUGUACAUAGACAGACGCGGAGAGCGGCAGGAGAUACGCGGGAAAGAGGGAGACAAUGUCCUCUACUUGGCACACAGACAUGGCAUCGAAAUGGAGGGUGCAUGUGAGGCCUCCCUUGCCUGCACCACUUGUCACGUCUACGUCCACCCUCACCACUAUGACGUCCUACCAGAGCCUCUUGAAGAGUAAGCCCAACAUAAGUACAGUAUGUAGUGUGUUUUUGUGCUCAAUAAUGUCAUUGUGCAUGGGUGGUUUAUGCCAUCAUCAGUAUGAGGCCUAAAAGCGGUUGGGAAAAUAACUGAAAGGUUGCUAUGCUAUUGAAUCUGGUAUACAAGCAUAUUACGGUAACUGCUCUAUGAGAUGUUUACACACACUUUCCAGGUUGACAGAUAUGAUGGAAAAAUCGCUCAAUUGAGACGAAUCAUUUACAAGUUCACUCCAUUUCUGGAGUUCAGAAUCUGGCACACUUGUGUAUUAGAAACUGGGGAGUAACCCCACCCUGUCCAUUAUUGGUUGAGAGUUGCAGGUGUCCCUGAAAUAUGCAAAAUGAGCAUAAAUGCACC